CUAUUCGUUUUCUUUUUUUUUCCAGUACUCAUUAGUGUAAUUUAAUAACAUUGUAUAACUAAUAAAUAUUUCAACGCUGAUUCAGGAGGAAAUGGCAGAUUGCACACCUGUAUGUACAAGAGUAAUUGCAUACAGUUACACAUGCAUCGGCUGCAAUUUUUAUGAAAGUUACGCAAGUUUUGUCGAAUUGUGCUGUGUACAAAAAUUGAACAUUGUAACACGUUCUGUCGUUCGAUAAAUGUCCUUUAUCCUACGAAAUAGAUUUUUAUUAACACAACUGUUUAUUUUGUACGAUCUUGUAAGAUGACACUUUUACCGGAAUUCUUGUACGUUUCUUUUAUAUACAGGUUGCUCACUUGUUCAGAACUUACUUAACAUUAUUUAAUAUUACAUACACGAGUUACGUUAACUGUUUCUGUUUUCUUAUGGUGAGGAGAAUAAAAUUUGAUUAUUCAAAUAAAACUACGCUAUGCAAUAAUAAUACCAAAAAGACUUUGUAUACCACGUAUAUUACUCUAAACUUUAUUAAACGAAAAGAUAUUUUGUACAAAGCUCGUACGUGUCGCGAUUCCAUUUAAUCUCGCUUUUGUACUGUGAUUAAAAAGAUACGAAAACUGAGUAAGAGUCUUUUCGAAAUCACGAUGAAUUUCUUUUAUCACAAUACUAGUUUGUAACGUAGAUUGAUGAUAGGAAUAUGUGAGACAUUUUAUGACGAGAAUAUUCAUGUAACAAUAAGUAACAAGUAAACAUGUAUGAUUACAAAAGAAUAAACAUCCCGUCUAAUUGUAAGUGGAUCAUUUUCAUAUUCUAUUAUAUUAAAGUAAAACUAAUCGCGUAUGUACGUUACUUUGAUUUUAAUCACAAUAAAAUGUUCUAUCGCUCCAAUUUUGAAUGACGAUUAUGCGCGCAGGUCUCGUAGACAUUCGAUAUUAUAUAUAUAUAUAUAAGCCUCCCAACACUUCGAGGAAUGUUGACUUAUUGUUUAAUCCAAUGUUGAAAAAGUUAUUCAGCUGUAAAAUGGGUACGAAUAUCAUGAAACUCGCUAUGUAAUUAAACUAAAAUCAUUGCUUGAGAGACUUCGUAAUAUCGAGUAUAUAGUUCAAUAUAGUUGUUGCGAGACAAGGUAGGAGCUAUGCGAGCUGCUAAACGAUAAAAGAACGAGACAGCUUUUACAGGAGUUGUAAUUGUUAUGAUAAGUGAACAAUGAUAGUUUUAUUAUCGAUCUGUGUAAAUUAGAAAUUUAUUCAAUCGCUAUUUAUUGCAAAAUCAUUACUUGCGUAGCAGAAAAAGUAUAACCUAGUUUCGAUACACGAUUGUCAACAAAACCUCAUCAAAAUGAUGCAACAAUAUAUGAAAGAAUUAGAGCAGGAUCCGUUCGAUCCUGAAGAGUUCGUUGAAAGGCUCGCUUGGAGAACAGUCAACGACACGACAAAAGACGGUGGUAAAACGUUUUUCGAUCCCACGAUAGUGCAUGAAACGUUUUUACAAGCGAUCAAGGACCUGCAAGUUCUGCAAGAACGGCAACAGAAAAAGUGUGAUAAACUCGAGGCGGCACUGAGGGACGAAGAAGCGAGGCACAUGCUCGAAGUAUUCGAGUUACAAGAAAGAAACAAACAUUCUAUCGAACUGUUUCAUCAACUGGACGAGAGAAUAAAUUUCGUGGCCACUAAAGUUUUACACUUGGGUGAUCAAUUGGAAAGCGUCAAUACACCAAGGGCCAGGGCUGUUGAAGCUCAGAAAUUAAUGAGACACUUUUCAGACUUUCUAAGCCCUGGGCCUCUGACAGAUUCAAUUUUUACAGAUAAGUCAUUGUUGGAUGAAGCAGCAGAUGUAAUACAAAAGCUCCACCUUGUCUCACAAGAACUGCCGUCUGAAAAGUUUGAUCAUGCCAAGAAGAAGAUUGCCGUCAAGUACGAUGAGAUCGAAAGGAGUCUUAUAGAAGAAUUCGUCAGAGCACACAACAGAGAAGAUGCUAACCGUAUGAGGGAAUUGGCAUCGAUCUUGGCAAAUUUUAAAGGCUACUCUCAAUGCAUCGAUGCAUUCAUAGAACAGAGCCAAAUGGGAUCAUUCGGUGGAAAGGAUGUUUUCCAGGAUGUAAUACCUAUGUGUACAAAGUAUCAUAAGUUGAUGCAACAGGUUUUCAUGAAUCCUGAACAGGUGAUGGCAAAAUUCGUAUUGAACAUCUACCAUUUAAGGCUACAAAAGUAUGCAGUCGCUAAAUUAGCAGAUAAAACUGAUCCUGACAAGUACCUUAAAAAUUUGUACGAUUUAUACACGAGAACAGUAAAGUUGUCUACUGAACUGAAAAUAUUUAAUAUGGGCACCGAUGAUACGUACCUUGCCAAAUUGACUAGAAACAUAUUUCAAAAAUAUCUGGAUACUUAUAUUGUUGUCGAAACGAAGGCGUUAAAGGAAAAGUCAGCAGCCGUUCUCAUUGAAUAUUACGAAUCUAAAAAUCAUCAGAAGAAGCAGCUGCAAACGGGAGGUUUCCAAGAAUUAAGAAGAGACCUGCAAGCAGUGUUGGGUGCAAGGACCAACAUAAACAUUGCUCAGAUCGAGAAUUACGGCGGUGAAACUUUUCUGUCGGAGGAGCUGGCGAUCGCUUUGUUACAAAGAAGUAAACUGGCAUUCCAAAGGUGUCAGUUAUUGUCGAAACCCGAAGAUGUACCGAUAAACACGUUGCAAAUAUUUGAAAUAUUGUUACAAUACUUGAUAAACGAGCACGUGGAUUACGCUCUGGAAUUAGGUUUACAAAGUGUACCGAUUCCUGAGAGCAGAACUCAACCUGAAAUACAUUUUUUCAACGUCGUGCGUCAAUGCAACGCGAUCAUUCGUUUGCUAGAGGAACAGUUCAACGAUAGCAUCAUACCCCUUGUUGUAUCUACGCCGAAGCACGGGGAGUGUAUGUUGAAGAAGAAAGUUGUAUUAGAUCAGAUUAACAUGAGGCUGGAGACAGGAUUGGAUCGAAGUAUAAAUGCUCUUAUCGGUUGGGUGAAGAUAUAUCUACAAAACGAGCAACGAAAAACUGACUUCAAACCCGAUACCGACGUAGACACUCUAAGUACUCCAGCCUGUUUAACGGUAGUUCAAUACGUGACUGGAAUGAUUCGACAUAUUCGAAAUACCCUCGAUGGCAAACAUUUGAAUAAUGUUCUGACUGAACUCGGAACACGAUUUCACAAAGUUAUUUACGAUCAUUUGCAACAGUUUCAAUUCAACUCCGCUGGUGCUAUGUGUGCAAUAUGUGAUAUGAACGAGUAUCGCAAGUGCGUGAAAGAACUUGAAGUCGAAGUCGUUACUAAUUUGUUCGAUACUUUACACGCUUUAUGUAAUUUAUUAUUAGUCAAACCGGAGAAUCUGAAGCAAGUUUGUACAGGAGAUCAAUUGGCAACGCUGGAUCGUAAUGUUCUGGUGAACUUUAUACAAUUAAGAACUGAUUAUAAAACACAAAAAUUAGCAAAUUGUCUAAAAGGUUUAGCCUCCUGAUAAAUAUACAUUAUACGUAGAUA